GUUCUUCCCUCUGCUGAGUCACUUCCAAGAGGUUUGAGUCUUAUAUCCUCCUGAAGGUUAAGUUACACUAUAGCACCAGAGGGAGGCUUCAGACGGCAGGGCUGCCGCUUUACGCACGACCUCCCCUGUUUGCAUCUGGCCGGCUGUGCGCGCACAGCUGCAGCCUCCUGUCUCCGCUCCCUGCGUGCGGACAGAUGGAUGCGCAGCAGCACCUGCAGCCGCGCACUUUUACUUAAACAUCACACGAGGAUCCUUCCGUUCUAAACAAACGCCAGUAUUUUUAUUUUUCCAUCUUUCCAAAUGGAUAUUUACGCCUCAGCGCUCUCACCGGCACUGGAUAUCGGCGCAGGCUGCUACCUGCUGGUUUUAACCGUGCUCUCCGCUGUGGGAAACCUGCUCGUCCUCAUCAUGGCGUUCAGAAGGUCGUCCCGGAUGAAGCCGCCGGAGCUGCUCAGCGUGAACUUGGCGGUGACGGAUCUCGGCAUGGCCGUCACCAUGUAUCCCCUGGCCGUGGCCUCGGCCUGGAGCCACCACUGGCUGGGCGGAGACGUUUCCUGCGUCUACUACGGUCUGGCGGGCUUCUUCUUCGGCAUUGCCAGCAUCAUGAACCUCACCAUCUUGGCCGUAGUGCGCUUCAUUGUGUCCCUCAAUCUGCAUUCUCCCAAGGAGAAGAUCAGCUGGAAGAAGGUGAAGAUGCUGUGUAUGUGGACCUGGCUGUACGCUCUGAUCUGGGCUCUGUUCCCCAUUCUGGGCUGGGGCCGGUACGGGCCGGAGCCCUUCGGCCUGUCCUGUUCGCUCGCCUGGGGACAAAUGAAACACGAGGGUUUCUCCUUUGUCGUCUCUCUGUUCUGCGUGAACCUGCUCGUGCCGAGUGUCAUCAUCAUUUUCUGCUACUUUGGCAUCGCCAUAAGGCUCUACUUCACCUACAAGAAGUCGACGAACAGCAACCACAUCCCCAACAUCGUCAAACUCCAUCGGAGGCUUCUGAUAAUUGCCGUUUUGAUCAGCGUAGGCUUCGUAGUUUGCUGGACGCCCUACGGCUUGGUAAGCCUGUGGUCCGUUUUGAAUGACAGCAGCAAAAUCCCACCCGAGGUCAGUCUGCUGCCUUGCAUGUUUGCAAAGAGCUCCACCGUGUACAACCCAUUGAUCUACUACUUCUUCAGCCAGAGCUUCAAAAAGGAGGUGAAGCAGCUGCCGUGGCCGUGCCUGGGCUCCCACGCGUGCCAGGUCUCCAACAGCGUCAGCGAAAACAACAUUUACAUGGUUAGCGUCAACCUCAAGUCCAAGGAAGUAGCGCGGGAAACCGAGCAGGAGAUCACCGAGUCGAGACAGUGACUUUGUUGUGUUGCGAAGGAAAUCUAACAAUAAGACUGAGCCGAGAUGAGUUGUCGGAGGUCUCGUGAUUCUGGAAUGGAAAGGUGUCCAGGUAGCCAGGUCCUUAGACAGACGGGCAUGAUGGGUAAAAAGGAUGGGGUUAAAAACUCUGAAUGUUCUAACAGCAACAAAAAUAUUUUUAAAAAGUGUCCAAUUCAGUCCUGGAGUUGGGUUAUCUGACAUCUGAGUAAAUCGCAUUUAUACAAGUAAUGAUCAAAAUCUGCAGGUUUGAGAUGUUACGGUACAUUUAAUCUCACAGAGAGAAGAUGCUGCACAGCAAGAGUUCAAAGCCAAAUGCCGUACAGAGAAAUAUAACGGGAAACUUACAAGAACUGCCAGAGAAAGUGGAAAUGUUUACUUUAUGGACUUUGUUUUUUUUAUGUUGUGGAGGAGUUGUGCUUCUGUGUGCGUCGUGUGUUUAAACAAUACGGUAGCUGUGCUGUCCUUGAAGGCCACACGGAGCCCGUUUCCCAACGGCGGUUCAUGCAAGAACGCAAGAUUGUAAAGAAGCUGCUGUUAUUCUGUCUGAGCCUUGUGUCAUGAUGUGUAAAUGUACAACAACUUUCACAACUUGAGUGGUAUGUAACUUUAAAGGCACCAUCUAAAACUGGUUUGUGUUGUAAAAAUGAAACUCUGCUCUUAAAAGCUACAUUUUUGGAGAGGUGAAUGUUGAAGUUACUUCUGAAUAGCACAAUCAAUAACAUAAAGGACGCCGUGGUUCUGCUUUUGUAUCAGUUUGACAGUAGUCAGAAAAGUGAAAUAUCAUUACUUUUGGGUUACACUUUAAGUGUUUUGUUGCUGAAGUGACAGUAGCUAUUUAUGUAGUCGUUGGAAAAACUCCAAAGAUGGUGUCAUGGCAUUAAAAAAAACAGCAACUUUUCUAGCUGCGCUGACUGUGGCAUAGUGGCAAAAAUGCAGGUGAAUCACAGAAAAUAAUUUGUUAAAAAGCCGUGGUUGACACAUACAUUUGAUUUGUCACUUUGCCUUUGUUGUCCGGAGCAAAUGUAGUGUAACCGAACGCAUCAGAAUUGAUCAAAUAAUGAGGUAUUGCAUGUCUAGACGAUUAAAACCAUGCAGAAUUUACCAACACCAUGCUUACACUGUCUUACUGCUAAUUUUAAUAAUAUAAAUGUUUUCUGCACUAACUACUCAUAAACUGAAUAAGAAUACUUUGGUAAAUAAAAGGAAAAUAGUUGGUUUACGAUGAGGUUGCUAGUUCCAUCUUCACCACUAGAUGGCAAUAAUAGCAACACACAGCACCUUUAAACAGAUUUGGGGUUUUUCUCUCCUGCUGAAUAUAGAUUUCACCUCCAUCAUCAUAAUUUUCAUCAGUUUAAUCUCUUUUUUCUACUUUGGAAAAACAAAAUAAUAUUACAAAGUAUUCACUUAGUAAAAUCUGUCCAAACCUUGUAGAAGAAUUUGCUUGCUGCAUUCUGACCUGAACAGCCCUGAUUUAUUCAUUUUUUUGUUUGUUUGUUUUAGGUUUUCUGUUUUAUUCACUCUUUGUAUUGAUCAUAAAGAGUUUAUGGUACAAUCAGGCUGAACCACAUUAUUACAGUGAAACCAGAUAAGCACAUUAGUGAGGUAAACGUGUUUUGCAUGUACUAUUGACAAAGUGUGUCGCUUUUGAGUUUCUGUUCUCCAUAAUUUCCCUUCUGCAUUGUUACCUGUAUCUUACCGUCACUGUUAUGCACCAUUAUUGUCUUGACAAUGUGCCUUUCAAAGCUAUUCAUUCUACUGGUUCACUUUCACAUUUUGUCACAGUACAAUCACAACUCUGUACUUUGUUGAGAUUUUAUGUAAUCGGCCAACACAAAGUUGUGCAGAAUGGCUAAAUAGAAGAAAAAUAACAAUAAUUAUAGCUUUUUAACUCCUUAAAUCAAAAAGUAAUCUGGUGACACUCAUUAAAUCUGAAAAUGUUCCCCUCUGAAACUCAGGUGCAGGCUCAUCUGUGAGCAACUACUUGCAAGUCUUACCACAUUCUCAAUUAAAAGUUUGGUCUGGACUUUGACUGGGACACGAUCAGACUUUGUUCUUAGCCGUUUCGUUGUAGCCGUGACCGUCUGGUUAGAGUGUUGUGCUCAUACUGAACACGCUACUUUGUUUUGGCCUGUGGCAUGAAGACCCAAUAAGGUAUACUGAAGGUUGUUGUUUAAUGUGUGAAUACUUUUGGAGGCCACAAUAUAAUCACCAAUGAAAAUAUAAAAACAUUCAAAUUAAAGAGACUUUGACCAAACAAACCCAGUAAGCAUAACUAUUUUAGAAAUGCACAAUAAAAUAUUAUUUACAAUAAACAACAUCUUUAACUUAACAUAAUUGAUGGGAAUAAUCUUUAUUUGUCUUAUUUUUAUUUAGAUAUGACAUAUAUUUCAUUUAUAAAACCGAAUCAACAGUAUUGCUCACUGUCAUAUAAAAGGAUCAGGUUCGGUUGAAGUUGUUUCUUUUUUAAAGUUGGGUUUUGUUAAGACAUCCUGAGCAGUCACUAGUUUACCUACAGACAAGAAGUUUUCAGUCACACUAGCUUUGCUGAACGGAACUGCAGCUCAUAUCAAGUAAUAUGUGGAACCGAACUCCACUGUGGGUCAAAGAAGGUCAACCUGGUUCACCCAAAAAAAAAAAGACCAAAAAAACCCUGUAUCUGUCAGUCCGCUUUAGAUAACCCAAAUCCAGAUAGUGGACAAAAAAUGCGCAAGAAAGAUGAUAAAAGUUACUCAGAAUGUGAGGCAGGAGGAGCUGAAAGCUCUCAGAAAUAUGAGAAAAUGUGGGGAAAUGUAUCCCUUCAGUAUCUGUACUGUACUUUGGGUAUAGAUCAUUAGAGCAGUGAAGGAGGCUGAGAAGCCGCUGCCGUCUGUAUAAAAUAUGUAAGCUGCUUCAAAGAAGUGGCAGGUCAGGAGAAGAAAAGGACAACCAGAUGCCAUUUUUCACAUUCUCAGCCACACCACAGGCGAGCGAGGGAACGCAGCAUUUAAAAAGCCUCAAGUCUCACUUAUCAUGCUGCACUGUGAAUCCGGAGAAUGGUUGCAACACAUUUGUGCCACGUCUGCCAGAUUAUUAGAUGCGAACAUAGCAUUAGUGUUUUCACUUCGAGGUUAGGAACUUUAUAUUCUGAGUGGAAUGGAUAGGAAAGUUGGACAUUAUCUCCAUACGCUACACGGCCACCGUCUACAAUCCAGACUGCUUCUGCAAACAUCUUGUGAAAGAAUGGGUCGCCCUAAGGAGCUCACGUUACCUCGCUUUUAAGUAUUCCUCGGUCAGCUCAGCUGUUAGUGGUGUUAUAACAGACCAGGAAGGAUUAGGAACGACAGAAACUCGGCCUGAAAGAGGCGAGCCUUGUGAAAUCGCAAAAGUGGGAUCAGAGGAAGGAAGGAGUUCUGCCUGAGUACAAACGGAGCGUUUACUGGAGGGGAUUUCUGAUCGAGCAGCUAAAUGUAACCCUUACGUCAUCAAAAAGUAAUUCCCGUAAAGGGAGCGCUUACUGCUUCAGGAUCAUUUCAUCCCAAUGGAUGACCGUUUCCGGCUCCGACAUGAUUGCUAAAAAGCAAGGACCACAGGGACGUGGAUGAGGAAGUGGAGCGGUCUGCACAAUCCUGACCUCAAGCAGACAGAACGUCGGCCGGAGGAGAGACCGCUUCAUCCGACGUCAGAGUCCGACCUCGCACAUUACACAAACGCACCCGUGAACCUUGUGGAACGCCACUUUUGUUUACGCCAACAGGCCAGUAGCUCUAAAGCUAAUCAUGAUUUCAUCAAAGUAAAGAGGCUGAAGGGGAAAACACAUCAGCAGAGUUCGACACGGGUCAUAAGACAGGAAUAUUACGUUUAAUUAUAACAAACCACACUGUGCACAACAUUCACCGCUCAAGCUCAGCUUCGUUCUGUUUAUUUGCGUGAAUAAUUUUCAAGAAUAACCAGCGGUUAAAAUGUGUACUUUGGGUAUAGAUCAAAGUAUAGAUCAUUGGACACAUUAGCACACAGGCGUGCUAAGAAUUAAAACACUUAUGUUACUCAUUACAACUACACUGCUCUUGGCUUGUGAGACUCAUUUACUGCAGCUGAUGUAUUGUCUGGUUUCAACAGAGCUCAACCUUCAAAAUAAAAAGCUCUAUUAGAUUCACUUGUCAACAGCUUGGCAGCAUGAAAAACGUAGCUGUGUAGUUUUUGCACAUCCUGCUGGAUGGAAGCGUUUGGGAAACAAGUGACCUUACUUUGCUUUCAGUUUGCAUUUUGUUCAGUAAAUCUGUCUGGAAAAAUUAUUGCAUUUAACCUUCUGUGUGGUGUAUGUCUGUAUCUGUGAACGCAAUAUGAGCUGCUUUGACAAUGUUACUUUUAUUUAUUUGUUCUAUCCUUUGAAAAAAAAAAAGAUACAACUCCCCACAGUAAAUAGUGCAGAAUUUUACUUGAAAUUUGAUUUGUGUGCAAUAUCAUCUUCUCCCCCCCCGCCCCCCCCUGAAUCUGUUGAACAUUUUAUUUAGCAAUUUGUGAAUGUAAAGCUUCGAUUUUUGAGCAUUUUUAUGUGCACAAGUUAUUGGUCAUAUUAAUGAAUAAACACGUAAUGAAUACAGA